UCCUCUAUAUAAACUACUGGAUAAUCUCUUCGUCUUCAUCGUCAAAAAAAAAAAAAAGUAGGAAGGUGAGAGCUCGAUCGCCAUGGCGGGAGGCUUCGCGAUCGAUGGCAAGGUCGGCGGCGGGAGGCGGGAGUUCAAGGGGAAGAUCACGUGGUACGUGUGGAUGUGCGGCAUCGUCGCGGCGACGAGCGGGCUCAUGUUCGGGUACGACGUGGGCAUCUCCGGCGGGGUGACCGCCAUGGACGACUUCCUGGUGAGGUUCUUCCCGGCGGUGUACGCGAGGAAGCACAGGGCGAGGGAGAACAACUACUGCAAGUUCGACGACCAGCGGUUGCAGCUGUUCACGUCGUCGCUGUACCUGGCGGCGCUGCUGGCCAGCUUCGUGGCGUCGCGGCUGUGCACGCGGCUGGGGCGGCGGCGGACGAUGCAGCUCGCGUCGGCGUUCUUCCUCGCCGGGACGGGGCUGUGCGCCGGCGCGGCGAACCUGGCGAUGCUGAUCGUGGGGCGGAUCUGCCUCGGCGUCGGCGUCGGGUUCGGCAACCAGGCGGCGCCGCUGUUCCUGUCGGAGAUCGCGCCGGCGCACAUCCGCGGCGCGCUCAACAUCCUCUUCCAGCUCGACGUCACCAUCGGGAUCCUCAUCGCCAACGUCGUCAACUACUUCACCUCGGAGAUCCACCCGGCCGGCUGGAGGUACUCGCUCGGCGGCGCCGGCGUGCCCGCGGCGGUGCUGUUCCUCGGCUCGCUGGCGAUCACCGAGACGCCGACGAGCCUCAUCGAGCGGGGCCGCCGCGACGCCGGCCGCGCCACGCUGGAGAGGAUCCGCGGCACGGCGGACGUGGACGACGAGUACGAGGAGAUCAGGCACGCGUGCGAGACGGCCGCCGCGCUGUGCGCCGAGGAGCCGCCGUUCCGGCGCCUCCGGCGGCGCGAGUCCCGGCCGCCGCUGGUGAUCGCCGUGGCGAUGCAGGUGUUCCAGCAGUUCACGGGCAUCAACGCCAUCAUGUUCUACGCGCCCGUGCUGUUCCAGACCAUGGGCUUCAAGAGCAACGCCUCCCUCCUCUCCGCCGUCGUCACCGGCGGCGUCAACGUCAUCUCCACCCUCGUCUCCGUCGUCCUCGUCGACAAGUUCGGCCGCCGCCUGCUCCUCCUCCAGGCCUGCGCCCAAAUGCUUGUCGCCCAGACGGCGGUGGGAGGGAUCAUGUGGGCGCACGUGAAGGUGAGCGGCAACCCGAGCGAGAAGUGGGCGGUGGUGAUCGUGGUGCUCAUCUGCGUCUACGUCUCGAGCUUCGCGUGGUCGUGGGGCCCCAUGGGGUGGCUCAUCCCGUCGGAGACGUUCCCGCUGGAGACGCGGACCGCCGGCUUCGCCUUCGCCGUCAGCUCCAACAUGCUCUUCACCUUCCUCAUCGCGCAGGCCUUCCUCUCCAUGAUGUGCACCCUCCGCGCCUCCAUCUUCUUCUUCUUCGCCGCCUGGAUCGUCGCCAUGGCCGCCUUCGUCUUCUGGCUGCUGCCGGAGACCAAGGGCGUGCCCAUCGACGACAUGGUCGCCACCGUCUGGCGCCGCCACUGGUUCUGGCGGAGGUUCUUCCACGACGACGCCGAUCGCCGCCGGAUCGACAACUGCUGAUUUGAGAGAUUUUUACUUUUUAUUUUUUAAUUUGGAUUUGUUUUUUUAGUUACCUACUAUUGUUUAGUUAUUCAGAUUUUAGUAAUUAAUUUGGGUGUGGAUGGUGAAAUUAAGUGAUGAGAGAUAUGCAUGUACCGAAUACAUAUUACAUGAAGGCAAUAAUAUAUAGAUAACUGAACAUAUUUAUUCUGAA